GUAUCCAGCAGGGGGCGACACACACACACACAUCAUGACUGCUCAGCCUGUUUGUGCCAUGAAGAAGAAGAGUGGCAGUAGCGGAGCUGUUUGAAAGCAGAGGUAGAGGAGUGCUGGGGAUUUCUCUCAGGAAUGAUGCUGAUGAAGCGGUAAAUCCACGCUGUGAAACCAGACAGAUUCAUAAUCCAGAUGUGGGGAUGGACUGCAGAAGGAAGAAAAUAGCCUUACCUGUGGGGUCAAAGGCUGAAGAUACACUGAAAACGCUCUGGAUGACCAAAGACACUUCAGGCCACAUGUGUUUAUCUGACAGUCUGUCUAAGUCUUGUGCUGAGAGUCCACUGGACGGCUCAGGUUCUGAAGACUCUGUGGUGUCGGGCCCCAGCUCACCUUCUGCUGCCCUUCAUUCACUGAGAUGCAGGAAGUGUGAGAGACUUUUCUCCAAAAUGAGGAGACAAGGGCCUCCAAGAAAAAAACAAAGAGACGACGAUCCAGCCUCGCUGUCAUGUGACGAGUGGCUGCUUAAUAAAACAUGGCAGCCACAGAGACAGCAGCAACCCCGAGGGAGGUUAUGGGUGCACUUGAAGCGCAUCAGGCUACGAGCUGCAAAGCAGUCAGACGAUGCCAUGGCGAAUAAAGCAUGGUCACUCUGCUCGAGACCUCACGUGUUCCUGCAGAGGAACUUGCGUCGCUGCAAAAAGAUGUUUGGAAAGCCAUCUAAAAGCAAAGCGAAGCCACUCCAUCAGCGGAGAAAUCGAGCAAAACCUACAUGGCCCCUGCGCAGUGCAAAAUAUCAGAGAAAGAAAAGGAAGUCCUCGGAGAAAGACGAUACAUCGGAGCAUCUUUCACCGGUGGAUCUCGACAUUCCCACGAAACAUGAUUUGCCUGCAAAUGACAGCACUCACACUCACCAUGAGGGUUUGCAGCGGUUGGAGAAAGUUCCCAAGAACCAGUCUGUCAGUGAUGUGAGUGGCUUGAUGGACAUCCAGGCUAAUUGCAGUGGAGUGGAGGGAACUCGUAGGGUGCUGAAAUUUGACGCUUCUCCCAGUGCUGUGCUAGCUGAAACACAGAAACCAAAGCACCGCCUUGUACAUAAGAAUGCAGGAGAAAAAUUACAUGAAGGCCAAGCAGAUUUCACAGUGAAGAAUAAAGAUUGUCCCAAAAGGCUAGAUGAUGUUCUGUGUGAGGAUUUGGAGGUGUUUCGGACACCGACGGAUCUCUUCAGUGCGGAUUUGAAGAUCAGCAGGAAGAGCAGGCCAUCGCGUCCGUUUGGCGCACGGAAAGACAGCUUCAGGACCAUGUUGGCUGCACUUGGGCAGGGUCAUAACCAGAUUAUUAAGGAGUCCCAUCACUGAUGCUUUUGCAGAAAAUGUAAAAGUUAUAGGUUUUUUUUUUGUAAUUUAGUGUUACAAUUUCAGACUGCACGCCAGUCUAUGUAUUCAGCUUGUUCAGCCUGUAUGUCUAUUGUCCGAUACCUUUCCAAGAUACAAUUUGUGUUUUGCAUGAAGACUGUACUAAACGCUCCCAGACUUUGCACCACAUGUGCUUACAGGACCUAUUUAUUAACUGUAGGAAAUGUUAAAAGACUAUUCAAAGGCUGGCAUCAAGUCACAGUGUUUGUGGGAGUGAGAAUAGCAGUGACUUUAUAGAAGACUAGUUUAAAAACAUGUUUAAUUGUAAAUGUUAUUGCAUAAAGUACUUUUUUGGAUUUCUUUAGUCAUGUUCUCAUUUUUCGUUGCUAAAAAAAUAAAUACAGUUUAAUAGGUUGA